UCGAGUCCUUCAUUCUUGGUCCUCCAUUUAAGCUCCACACACCUACACUCCUCUCCCUGUCUCUCUCUUGCCUCCAUUGGGCAAGCUGCCAGGCCGCGUGGCUAGCUUAGCUCUGUGGUGUGUGCGUGCGCGCGCGCGAGGCAUAGAGAGAUGCUGUCGAGGGAACGCAAGAAGAAGCAGGCGGCGGCCGCUCUUCAGGAGAAGCUGAAGAUCCUCCGCUCCAUCACUCACUCCCACGCUUUAAGCAACACAUCCAUAAUCAUGGACGCGUCGGCGUACAUCAAGGAGCUGAAGCAGAAGGUGGUGAGGCUGAACCAGGAGAUCGCCUGCGCGCAGGACGCGCUGAGACACAACUCCUCCUACCCGACGGUGACCGUGGAAACCCUAGUAGGCGGGCACGGCGGGUUCCUCAUCAACGUCUUCUCCGACAAGAGCUGCCCGGGGCUGCUCGUCUCCGUGCUCGAGGCCUUCGACGAGCUGGGGCUCAGCGUCCUCCAGGCCACCGCGUCCUGCGCCGACUCCUUCCGCCUCGAGGCCGUGGGUGGAGAGAACGUGGCGGAGAACGUGGACGAGCACGUCGUGAAGCAGGCCGUGCUGCAGGCCAUCAGGAGCUGCUCCGAGAGCGGCAGCGAGCAUGACGAGGGGUAGGCGGAGCGCGUAAGCGCACACUCCUGGCCGGUCACCCGAUCCUCCUGUCCUUGAGCGUCUCAGGAAGCCGAGAUCGCUUUGUCUGCUCCAUUUCCUCCCUCUUCCUGUAUUUUUGGCUUCUAUAUCCUCUAUCGCUGGCGACAUGGGUAGUUGCUCCCUAGUGCUGAUGAUCCGGUGAAUUCCAUUUCCUGUGUAAUAGUAUUAAUUAGCUAGGGGAGCGCCAUGAUUUAUAUAUAUGUCUAUGACAAUAAGAUCGAUCAUGCAAGUAAGAAUGAUGGGAGGUUGGAAGCAAAGCUGAAUAGAGCUAGCAUUCAACUGCCCUUCUUCCGUAUGUACUAAUAUUCAUGCAAGUUAUAUGUGUCCAUGCACCCUCUGGCCUCUGCUGAA